AUGGCAGUGACAACCAGAUUGGCAUGGAAGAAGGAAAAGGCACUGCAAAAACUUCUUGGAAAUGUGUCUUUGAGUCUUCUUUAUAAGUCUAAGGUUCAUGGGGAUAGCAUUGAAGAUAUGGUUCAGAAGUGCACUCAUCAGGGAUCCACCAUAACAGUGAUUUACUUUUACCGAUAUGUUAUUGGGGCCUUUAUGCUUGGGCAUUACCCUGAAUUAGACAAUUAUUCUGAAGAAUCGAAGUCUUUUUUGUUUUCAUUUCGAGAGAAUGGUGACACAAUUGAAACGACAAGUUCAGAUUUAAAUAUAGUAGCAAAAAUUAUUAACAGAGAACUGACAUUUUAUUCACAUUAUAAGGAUAUGUGUUCUGUAUUUCCUAGUACUAAAACACUUAAACUGACAAGUAGUCUAAAAUUAUUAUUAAAACUAAGAUUUUCCUCUCCCUCUACAUAUGAUGAAUGUGAAGUUUUUCGAGUUGAAGGAAUUAAGGAUAAUCCAGGCUACAUAAGGAGGAUAACAGGAGUCACACAGAGAAGAAAUAUGCUCUUGAAUGACCUCAGAGCUUAUAAACCCUGUGCAGACUUGGUUUCAAAAAUUCGCAUUCUUUUGCUGGGUCCAGUUGGGUCUGGAAAGUCCAGUUUUUUCAAUUCAGUGAAGUCUGUUUUCCAAGGUCAUGUCACUCACCAAGCCAUAGUGGGGUCUGAUUCUGCCAGCAUUACUGAACAGUAUAGGAUAUAUUCUGUUAAAGAUGGAAAAGAUGGCAAAUCUCUGCCGUUUAUGUUGUGUGACUCAAUGGGGCUGGAUGAGAGAGAGGGAGCAGGACUGUGCAUGUGUGACAUACCCCACAUCUUAAAAGGCUGUGUGCCAGACAGAUAUCAGUUGAGUCCCCAGAAACCAAUUUCACCCAAGCACCCGACCUUCAUCACUUCUCCAUCACUGAAGGACAAAAUUCACUGUGUGGCCUAUGUCUUAGACAUCAACUCUAUUAACAAUCUCUCCUCUAAAAUGGUGGAAAAGUUCAAACGAAUUCACAAAGAAGUACUAAACUGUGGUAUAGCAUAUGUAGCCUUGCUUACUAAAGUGAAUAAUUACAGUGAAGUUCUUGAAGAAGACUUUUUAAACAUGAAUAGAUCUGCGACUUCUCAAAGCCAGGUAAUGAAUGUCAACAAAAUGCUAGGCAUUCCUGUUACUAAUAUCUUGAUAGUUGAAAAUUAUGCUUCAGAGUGGGAACUGGAACCUGUAAAAGACGUUCUGAUCCUCUCUGCACUAAGGCAGAUGCUGAGGGCUGCAGAUGAUGUUUUAGAAGAUUUGCCUGUUGAGGAAACAGAUGAAAUCGCGGCAAAGAUCCAGCUCUGCAUGUGACAUAUGUUGCCUUGAUUCUGAGACUUAGCCCAAACCUGAUUGGCAUCCCCUAAUCAGAGUCAAUCUCCAUUGAUGGCCUCCUUCAGACGCCUCCUUUGUUCAUAUUUUGCCUUCUGUCCUUGACAGCAUCUAACUGAUGGUUUCUUCUAGGAUUAGUUAUACAUCAAGUCCAAAGGCCAACUUUGAGAAGCAGUGGGCUAAGACAUGCCCUACCACAAACCAUCCUCCAUAUUUCUGUGCCAUUUACAACUUAGACUCUGUGAUACCUUUCUAAACCUCUCCAAGCAAAAAUAAUUAUUCCCUUACUAAUUCUUCUAUAGCACUUUAUAUAACUCUGUGUAACUACUAAUCACAUUUAAUAAUGCUUAUAAAAUAAAUAUAUAGAUAUCUGCUUUCCUAAA